AUGCUGCGGUUCCUACGCAGGACCUUUGGCCGGCGGUCGAUGCAGCGUUACGGGCGAGGCGGCGGCAGCACCACCGCCGAGGAAGGAGACGAGCGCGAUGGGGCGCCGAGGGAGGCAGGGGCAGCCUCGUCGCUCGCCUCCGCCGCGCACAGCGCCCUGACCGUACAUCACAUCCAAGCAGCUGCGGCGGGGGGCAAAGGCGCGCUGCACUGCCGGGUGCAGCUGCUCGACGGCGUCGAAGUCAGCGUGGAGCUGCCGAAACAUGCUAAAGGACAAGAUUUGUUUGAUCAGAUUGUUUAUCACUUGGACCUUGUGGAAACAGAUUAUUUUGGUCUACAGUUCAUGGAUACAUUCCAGGUUAUGCACUGGUUGGACCAUUCAAAACCCAUAAAGAAGCAAAUAAAAAUUGGGCCACCAUAUAUGUUUCAGUUUCGAAUCAAAUAUUAUUCAUCAGAACCAAACAACCUCCAUGAGGAAUUCACAAGGUACCUGUUUGUAUUACAGCUAAGGCAAGAUAUUCUUUCAGGAAAAUUGAAAUGCCCUUAUGAAACAGCUGUGGAACUGGCAGCUUUGUGCCUCCAAGCUGAGCUUGGCGAGUGUGAACUUCCUGAACACACCCCAGAACUUGUAUCAGAAUUCAGAUUUACUGCUAACCAAACUGAAACAAUGGAAUUUGAAAUUUUUCAGAAGUGGAAGGAAUUCAGGGGAAAGAGUCCUGCCCAGGCAGAAAUGUGCUACUUGAACAAAGCAAAGUGGUUAGAAAUGUAUGGUGUUGAUAUGCACAUAGUUAAGGGAAGAGAUGGUUGUGAAUAUGCUCUUGGGUUGACGCCAACAGGUAUCUUGAUCUUUGAAGGAGCAAACAAAAUAGGUUUAUUUUUUUGGCCUAAAAUCACUAAAAUGGAUUUCAGGAAGAGCAAGUUGACACUUGUGGUGGUAGAAGAUGAUGAACAGGGUAGAGAGCAAGAACACACAUUUGUUUUUAGACUGGACAAUGCUAAAACAUGCAAGCAUCUCUGGAAAUGUGCAGUGGAGCAUCAUGCCUUCUUCCGGUUGCGCACACCUGGAAACAGUAAAUCUACCCGGUCAGAUUUUAUUAGAUUGGGAUCUCGUUUCCGAUUCAGUGGCCGAACGGAGUACCAGGCAACACAUGAAUCUAGGUUACGCAGAACCAGUACAUUUGAAAGGCGACCCAGCAAGCGAUAUCCAUCCCGAAGGCAUUCAACUUUGAAAGCAAGCAAUGCUCUCAAAGCAUCCCAACUUUGUGCAAAAAAUAAUCCAGAAAUCCAUAAUUACCAGCCCUCGCAUCACCCAAAUAUGUGUCCUGGUCAGUCACACUGGCACCCCCAUCCUCCUGUGACUGUAAGGCCACCCUAUCAUGAGGACAGACACUAUUGGAAACCAUCCCUAAGUGGAGAGGACAGCAGUUUACGGUAUAUCCAGGAACAGAAUCAGAAGAAUUUAGGUGGGAUCCAGAGCCUGUUGUAUCAGGAUAAGCUGAUGACAACCCUUUAAGAAAUCACUGUCUUUUAACUUCAUGUACCUUCCCAAAUCCUCAGCACAUUCCAUGAAAUGUUCUUUGUACAUUGCAAAUAAAAUGGUGUCAUAAUCUAUAACUAGGCAUUCUUGCAAGCUAUAGUUCCUGUACUUUGGAAAAGCUAGGAAAUACAAAGCAUUCCAGUGUCCUAAUUCUGCAGUGUUGCAGGUAGCUCAGUUUGAGGGAUUUUUUACAUCCUAGUUUUAUGUAGCACUCUAAUGUUUAUUUCUUGCCGUUUACACAUUAUGCUUUAUUCAUCUAUUCUUUGAUUUGAUUUAUGAAUCAGAUCGAGUAACAAUCAUGUCAUCUUUUUAAAUUUGUUUUUGCUUUGAGUGAUAGUGGAAUCAGAAGCCAAGAUGAUUGUAGACAUGAAUUAAUGACCACUGAUAAAGGGAUUCAGGUAACUAAUCAAAUGCUUAAAACAAAAAUCUGUUUUAUUCCCAAAUGACAGUGCAGGUUCUUGUGCCAUGUUAACAAGUAUGAGGAAACCACUAGAGUUUUUAUAUUUUUUAUGUAGUGCAUCUGACCAUUCAGAUUCAAUGAUGUUAUACUUGCUGCUCUUCUGUAAUAUGUCUAUGUGAUGCCAGAAACAGUGCCUUAACAGGUGGGUUCUACCUUUCAUUAGAUUGUUAUUGUGGUUUUAGAUAGUAGAAGUGCAGGAGAAAGAAGGAAUAUCUUAACGUGGUGAAGCCUCUCAGGCUAAGCCUUGUUCCGAUUCUAUUUCACCGCCAGUCCUUUGGACCAAGUUGGGCCAGUUCUCAGGCUCACAGGCUCCUUUCCAGUCAUAGCUCUGUUGUGCAGUCAUUCUGCACUAGGAAUCUGGCUGGGGCAAAGAGGAAUUGUGUGACACAGUCCUGAUUUCUCACCAUUGAUAGAAAUUCAUUCGGGUUGGAUAUGGUUAGGCUAAGGGCAGGCAAGUGGGUGCCUUCCAGUUGUUUUGGAGUACAGCUCCCAAUUCCCCCAGUAUAGCCAGUGGUUGGGAAUUAUGGCGGUUGUAGUCUAAUACAUCUGGAAUGUGCCAGGUUGCCUGCCCUUGGUUUAAAUAAAGAUAUGUAUAAAUAAAUUCAGAUUCCAUAGAGUUGGAUUCUGUAUACUCAGGUGCCUUAGACAUGUAAACCUGAAAUUGAUACUUUUGUUUCUCUUGAAUGUGGAAAUAACAGUGCCAACUUGAGUUCACAUGUUAAUUUGGCCUUGAAGCUGUGGUUCUAAAAAAGAGUGAUUGAACUAAGGAAUAUUUAUAUUUUGUGUAUAUUGUAAAAGUAUUGGUGUUUUAAAUUCAAUUUUACUGAAUCCAAGGUUCUAAAUAGUAGUAAACCUACAUCCUUCAGAGCAGAGAUUUGAUAGUUUAUUGAUAGGUUUUUUAUUUAAUGUAUGUUUACAAAUGCUAUUACAACAUUUGUUUUGAUUUCUGUAC